UAAUAUUACGGUAGUUCAAAACGCGACAAAUAGCACGUUAAUCUCACCAAUUGAUGAGUCAACUAUGUCUCAAGUGCAUAAUGCUAGUAAUGCUUCUUCUUCUUCGACAAGAAAUGCCUCCGUUGGUGGAAAUAAAAAACGUUCUGCCGAAGAUGCUGAAGAAAAACGUCGCAAAUUCUUAGAAAGAAAUCGCAUUGCUGCUUCAAAAUGUCGACAAAAGAAAAAGGCCUGG